CACUCAAAUAAAGACGACGAGGUUUAAGAUUUUAUUCUUAUUUACAAAUUUUUAUUUUGUGUGCAUUUUCUUUAUAAAAUGGAUACAAAAGGAAGUCAGAGUCCAUCUACAACCAAUUUGAGUAAUGUUCCGUCUGAAGAUGGUGUAGUUUAUAUUGCUGUUAAAGGUUCCUUGUAUGCCAAUGACAGCUCUGUGUUUGGUCUAGGACAAGAAGAAAUAAAAGCAUUAACUUCGAGGUUUCCUGGCUCAGGAGUUGGAGUUGUGAAUGGUGUCACUAUAAAAACCAAUGUACUCAAUUCACUCAACGCCUUAGGUCAAUUGGGAUACAAGAUUAUUUCCAGCACUGGAGAAACAGAAAUAACUUGGACAUUACAAAGAGAAAUCUAA